CGUGACUUUUCCGCCAGUUGGAGUUGGAUCCAAGUGUCAGGCAGGGGUGGGAACCGCUAACCUCAGGAAACUCGCAGGAAAAUAAACCCGAGCAAGCGCUUCCAAGUGUCUUGCUGAAACCCGCACAAAGCCACUGGCUGUUUAUUACUGUGUGUUGCAGCCUGUCAUGGUUUUUACUUUCGAUCCCCAUUUUUUCAUGUGGCAGUCAUAUUUAUGUUUAGCCUGGAGCUCUCCCAUAAAUAGGGAAUUAAGCUUCAGUUGUUAAGGGAUGACUUGUCAUAACCCUAUCACAUGCCCUGCUGAAAUACCUCCAUGUAAAAGGGAAAUGGUUACAUGUUAUGUCCUCUUUCUCUGCAUUGGACACAUCUGGGCUGCUUGUCACUAAAAUAACCUUGAAAAGAAGCUUACUUGGAGGGAACCAGGCAAGUUCCUGGACCACCUCCUCUUUCCCAUCCUAACAGUAGCCAAGCUCAUACCAUGUAUUUAUGUAAAUGACACUAAGGAUUGUUAAUAAAAUGUUUAUUUGGUCUACAAAUAAAAUGUCUAUUUGGUCUACACUGUGCCCUGGUCAUCUGUCUUAGUAGCUCCCCUGGACACUGCUAUUUGCACAAUCCAGCGGUUACUCUGAGAGCAAAUGAAUCACUUUUCUGCCAAAGCACUGACCUCCUGUGAUUGAUUGACCUGGCGAACAGCCCUCUGCUGACAACGGGCUAUAAAAAAGGGACUUCUGAGUAAAUGAGUGUUGUUAGACUCUGACCUGCUUGGAGCCAUGCGGGUGAUGCUGUUGGCUGUGCUUUAUGUCCCGUUAACCCUGGCCCUGGAACGAAUCCCCCUCAUUCGAUUCAAAUCUAUCAAGAAACAGCUGAAAGAAAAGGGAGAAUUAGAGGAGUUUUGGAGGAAUCACCACCCUGACAUUUUUGCCCGGAGGUACCUGCAUUGCUUCCCUGCAGAUAUUGCUUUAUCAGUUGGAACUGCUUCAGAAAGGCUGUAUGAUUACAUGAAUGCACAGUACUAUGGAGUUGUGAGUGUCGGCACACCGCCCCAGAAGUUCACCGUCGUGUUUGACACCGGCUCCUCCAACUUUUGGGUCCCUUCUGCUUAUUGUAUCAGCGAAGCAUGCAGGGUGCACCAGAAAUUUAAGUCCUUUCUGUCAGAUUCGUACGAGCACGGUGGGGAAGCCUUCUCCUUGCAGUAUGGCACGGGACAGCUUCUGGGCAUUGCUGGCAAAGACACGCUGCAGAUCAGUAACAUCUCCAUCAAGGGCCAGGACUUUGGCGAGUCAGUGUUUGAGCCAGGAACAACCUUCGCCCUUGCCCAUUUUGAUGGUGUGCUGGGCUUGGGAUACCCCUCCUUGAUAGUAGGCAAUGCUCUGCCUGUGUUUGACAGCAUCAUGAACCAGCAGCUGGUAGAGGAGCCGGUCUUCUCUUUCUAUCUGAAAAGAGGAGACGACACUGAGAAUGGUGGUGAGUUGAUUCUGGGGGGGAUAGACCAUUCUCUCUACAAAGGUUCAAUCCACUGGGUUCCAGUCACCGAGAAAAGCUAUUGGCAAAUACACGUGAACAAUAUAAAGAUCCAGGGCCGGGUGGCAUUUUGCUCCCACGGCUGUGAAGCCAUCGUUGACUCAGGCACUUCUCUUAUCACGGGCCCCUCUUCACAAAUCAGGCGAUUACAGGAGUAUAUUGGGGCAAGUCCAUCACGUACUGGAGAGUUUCUUGUAGACUGCAGAAGACUGUCCAGUUUGCCUCACAUAAGCUUCACGAUUGGACACCAUGAGUACAAGCUGACAGCAGAGCAGUACAUCAUAAAGGAGUCUAUUGAAGACCAAACCUUCUGCAUGAGCGGCUUUCAGUCUCUUGACAUCCCGACUCGCAAUGGUCUGCUCUGGAUUUUAGGAGACGUCUUUAUGUCUGCGUUUUACUGCAUUUUUGACCGUGGGAAUGACAGAGUGGGAUUUGCAAAAGCUGCUCAUAGGAAGGAUUACGACUGAGUCCUUAUAGCGUUUAUUCUGCCUUAACCUAAAUGUUAAUGUAAUGAUCUUCAACACAAGCGUGAAGAAGGGCUUUAACUGAAACUCUGGACCUAAAUGCGGUUGUGCUGUCCCCCACCAGGUUUUAAGGGCUUUGAUGUGAUACUUGUCCCAAAUUACACAGCUUGGUUCAAUCUCCGUGUGUUUACAUCUCAGAAACUAUUUUUCCUAAACAACUGACGGACAUCACAGCUCUCAGGGUGAAGUGCAAACAGCUCAGCACUCAGGUCUGCAAAAGAGCAGGAAGGAUAAAAUAGGCUGAACAGUGCCAGGCUGACAAGAUAGCAGUUAUGAGCAGGGGAAACUAACCCCAGUCUGGGCUGCUCUGGGUGUUCUUUUUUAUUCUUGUGUGCUAGUUUCUCACUGCUUUCCUUUUCCUCAUUAUUUUCCAUGGCUAGUCCUUUGUCCAUCCUUGUUUCCUUAGUACCAUGGAAAUUCUUUUUAUACUGGCUUGUUCCAACCAGUUUAUAUAAAGGGGAAUUUGACUGAUGUCUGUAUGACCACUAAUGUCCACUACUGUUACUUGCACACCAUUUCCUCCUCCUUACGCCAUCUCUCAAAUUUGCUUUUUCCCUUGGGUUCAUUCUCACUUGUCACUUUCCUAUUCCUCUUUUGGGUCUCAGCAUUCAAUGCCUAUUUCUUAGGUCAGAUGCUGCUUUUAGUAGCUGACACCUCUGUCCCUUGGCGGUGUGGGCAGCUGGGAGCAGCAUCUAUAUGCGUUACUAAACCCAGACCACAACCCUUGCAAUGGGAGGUACAAAGGGGUACCGAUGCAUCCUCCCCACCUCAGAUGAGUUACAGGAUCAAUGCACCAGCACUUGACAUUUACUGUCUCUUGCUCAGCCACUUCUUGUCACCAGUGGCAGCUGCUUCAGCACUGGCAGAGGUGUGAAACAGCCAUAGGUAGCUGUGCUCAUUUGGCAAAAGAAGAUUUACCAAAAUUACACCCGUAGGAGUAUGUGGAUUGUUAGAAGAGAUACUGCCCCUGUACAUGUGAAUAAAACUUAACCAAACAAAA